ACAUCAUGCAUCCCAAUACUUAAUGGUUCAAAUUUCUCGGAAUGGAAAGAAAGGCUGACAUUUACUUUAGGGUGCAUGGAUAUUGAUCUGGCACUUCGUGAGGACAUGCCACCUGUCCCCACGGAGGAAACUACGCCAGAGGAGAAAAAGUUGUAUGAGAGGUGGGAGCGGUCAAACCGCUUAAGUCUUUUACUCAUACAAAAUCAUAUCUCCAGAAAGAUAAGGGCUCAAUUCCAGAUUGCAAAACUGCAAGAGAAUUCUUAACAGCAGUAGAAGAGCAAUUUGUGAGUUCAAAGAAAGCCCUAGCCAGUACCUUAAUAUCAAGGUUUGCUUCCUUAAAGUAUAAUGAUAAUGGUGGCAUACGCGAGCACAUUAUGGAAUUACGUGACAUCGCUGCCCAAUUAAAAUCAUUGGAAGUAGACAUGUCAGAAACUUUUCUUGUACACUUUGUCCUUAAUUCUCUGCCUAUGGAGUAUGCACCAUUUAAGAUCUCAUACAACACACAUACAGAAAAAUGGACUAUGAAUCAACUUCUAGCCAUGUGUGUUGAUGAGGAGCAGAGAAUAAAACAAGAGAGGCAAGAGAGUGUUUAUCUCACCUCUCAUAAGGGAAAAGGACAUAAAGAGGUCGGCAGUACCAGUCAUCAUAUUCCUGUUAAGAAGAAGAAAAUGAAAGUGUCAGCCAAAGUGACUGACAAAAGGCAAAUAAAGUGCUUCUUCUGUAAGAAACAAGGACAUUUGAAAAAGGACUGCAUCAAGUACAAGAAAUGGCUCGAAAAGAAAGGGAUUGUUGAACAAAAGAAUUCCAACGGAAAGUGAGCGAAGCAUCAUAAUGGGAAAUAAGAUGCAUUCACAUGUGGAAGCUGUUGGAACGUUCAAAUUGACCUUAAAGACUGGCCAUAUUUUGUAUCUAGAAAAUACCUUCUAUGUACCUGGAUUUUCAAGAAACUUAAUAUCUGUUUCUAAACUUACUUCCUUUGGAUAUACCGUUUCAUUUGGACGGUCUUUUGUAAACCUUUCUUUGAAUAAUAUUGUUGUUGGUAAUUGCUUGUUAGAGGAUGGUUUAUUCAAAUUAGACCUUGAUACAUCCUUUGAGCUAUCCCUUUUAUCCCUGCAAAAUAAAGAUCAUUAUGGAUUAAAACGUAGCCUAAUAAAUGAAAAUUCCUCUAUGUUAUGGCACCGAAGAUUAGGCCAUAUCUCCAUAAAAAGAAUCAAGAGAUUAGUAAAUGAUGGAAUUUUACCAACUCUUGACUAUGGUGAUUUUGAAACUUGUUUAGACUGCAUCAAGGGAAAGCAGACUAACAAGUUUAAGAAAGGUGCCAUUAGAAGUACAAAUUUAUUGGAUCUCAUACAUACAGAUAUAUGUGGGCCCUUUUCGACCCCAUGUUUUACUGGUCAUAAGUAUUUUAUCACCUUUAUUGAUGAUUACUCACGCUAUGGGUAUCUCUACUUGUUGUAUGACAAGGCUGAGGCAUUAAAUGCCUUUAAGCUUUUCAAAACAGAGGUAGAGUUACAACUUGAUAAAAAGAUUAAAGUUGUGAGAUCAGAUAGAGGUGGUGAAUACUACGGUAGGUAUACUGAAACUGGACAACAUUUAGGUCCAUUUGCUCGAUUUCUUCAAGAGCAAGGUAUAGUUGCACAAUAUACUAUGCCUGGUACUCCUGAUCAAAAUGGAGUUGCGGAAAGAAGAAACCGAACAUUAAUGGAGAUGGUAAGAAGUAUGAUUAGUCACUCAACUCUCCCAAUUUCUCUGUGGGGUGAUGCCUUAAAAACCGCUGCGUAUAUUCUAAACAGGGUUCCUACUAAAGCUGUCUCAAAAACACCCUAUGAAGUUUGGACAGGUAGGAAACCUAGUUUAAGACAUCUACAUAUUUGGGGGUGUCAAGCUGAGGCAAGGGUGUACAACCCACAAGAGAAAAAGUUGGACUUUAGAACCAUUAGUUGUUAUUUUAUUGGUUAUCCAGAAAAGUCCAAGGGAUACAGAUUUUAUUGUCCUAAUCAUACUUUGAGGAUUGUGGAGACAAGAAAUGCUAGAUUCCUUGAAAAUGACCAAAUCAGUGGGAGUAUAACACCUCAAGAAAUUAAUUUUGAGGAAAAGCAAACUCCGUAUGGUGUGCAAGAUUCAAAUAAGCAGCCAAUGAUUCCUCUACCUAUCAUUGAUAAUGAUUUGGAGGAGGAUGAGUCUACUAUUAAUGUUCCACUUGAAUCUGUGCCAGUUAUCACUGAGAAUGUUGCUCCUCCACCUAUAGAACCAGUGGAUCAAGAAGCAACUUUAAGAAGGUCAUCAAGGGUAAGGAGAUCUCCAAUUCCACCAGAUUAUAUAGUAUACCUUCAA